AUGGCCAAGGGGAACCAUACUACGGUAACUGAGUUCAUUCUCUUCGGUUUCACAGAUCGGCAAGACAUAAAGGCUGCCCUCUUUGUGCUCUUCCUAGCCAUCUAUAUUGCCACAUUGGUGGGGAACAUCGGCAUCUUUGUGCUAAUCUGGAUCAGUCCCUGUCUUCACACUCCAAUGUACUUUUUCCUCAAUAACCUGGCCUUCCUAGAUCUUAGUUAUUCAUCUGCCAUUACUCCCAAGAUGCUGGCCAAUUUCUUAGCUGAAAGGAAGACUAUAUCAUUCACAGGUUGCAUUGCACAAAUGUAUUUGUUUGCUUGCUUUGCAGAUGCAGAAUGCCUGCUGCUGGCUGCCAUGGCCUAUGACCGUUACAUGGCCAUUUGUAACCCGCUGCUCUAUACUGCUCUCAUGUCCCGCAAGGUUUGUGCCUGGCUGGUAGCUGGCUCUUAUCUCACAGGCAGCAUGAGCUCAUUGGUACAUACUUGGUUUACAUUCCAUCUUUCCUUCUGCAGUUCUGUUAUCAAUCACUUCUUCUGUGACAUCCCUCCAUUAUUAGCUCUCUCCUGCUCCAACACUCAUAUCAAUGAAAUCCUCCUCUUUGCUCUGUGUGGCAGUAUACAAAUGAGCACCUUCUUGGUCAUCAUUGUCUCUUAUUUUUGUAUCCUUUGCACAAUCCUGAAGAUACAGUCUGCUGAAGGCCGUCACAAAGCCUUUUCAACCUGCACCUCCCACUUGACUGCUGUUGCCCUUUUCUAUGGCACCCUUCUUUUCAUGUAUUUACGUCCUAGUUCAAGUUAUGCCCUGGACACAGACAAAAUAAUCUCAGUUUUUUAUACUGUUGUAUUUCCCAUGGUGAACCCUUUAAUCUAUAGCCUGAGAAAUAAAGAUGUAAAGGAUGCCUUUGACAAAAUAGUUGGUAGAAUUGUCCAGUCU